AUGCACCCAAAUUGUCAGGAGAGAAGCCACUAUCCAAUCUUUAAUCCUCAAGAUCCACGGCACAACCCACACUUACAACAACCAUUCUGCCGCUCUGAAUCCCAGGCCUCGUCAGACUCACCACGGCAGACUCAUUGGGCCCAUGACUUCCCGAGAAGGUCUCUGCACAAGGCACGGUCCGGCUUGUUGGCUCUUCGAGCAGGCUUGUUCCGUCGAACGGCUCGUCAGGGCAGUGACCCCAUUGAAAGCGAAGCUCGACCUAUUUCAAGGCAAGCGCAUGGUCGGCAAAGUACCUAUGGUUUCUCUGAGUUCUCGGCGAGCACCCAAGAGGAUCUAAGCUUCGGGGUUGACCUAUAUCGCACUGACCGAGACUAUGCCCGAGCCUUGGACGACGCCAAUAGGAAUAGUAUGGCUCGGUUUCCUUUUUUCCACCCGCUCGCAAAUACAAUUUCCGCACCGGAACCCGCGCCGAGCUCUUGCACUUCGAGACAUGAUGCGAAACCAGCAUUUGUUCAUCUUGUGAGUAUGCCUGUCGAUGAGCCACCCGCAUACAAGUCAUGCCGCGACCAUGCCUUCUCUUCCCAGCCUUCUGAAAAUGCGGAGAUGGAUACAGGAGAUGAGCUAUUGGUCGACGAGGAGAUACAAAAGAGAACCGCUGAUCCUUCAACGCACCCCGUUGCCUCGGCGGAUCGGGAGACAAUAGAGUCAGUGAUUUCCAGUUCUACGGACCACGAGGAUAUGGGUGGAACAAGUUUGCUGUGUGACAAUAAGGAAAUGCAUCCAGAGCAGGGUCAGGUUUUUCUGAAGGCUUGGAAAGAGAAUGAAGAGCCCGCGAGCAGGGCAGUUGGAGAGUUGAAGUGGCUCAGCGAGCCGCAGAACGUUCAGCCGUUGGAGGAUGAACAGAAUAUCACCAACAGUUCCCGAGGGUCGUUGACAUUGCCAGAUUACAAUACUCCGAGCAUUUCAGACUCGGAAACAUCUCAUCGACGGGGAUCGAUCUUCAUCAAGGCAGAAGCUUUUGUCUCACAAGAGAGACUGUUGCUUGGUGAAGAUUUAUCGGGGCCUAAGGCCAGUGUUUCUCCUGUCUUAGAGCCGAGGCGUGCGGCAGACGUUCAGAUUGCCUUCCCUGGUGUAUACAGAGAAUUGCAUGAGCAGUGGGUAAGAGAGACACAAAUGAGUCCCGCGAUCGACCCCGGAUCCCCUGGACGUGAGAGUAUGUCCGGUGCUUCUCAGGUACCCUCAUUAUCGGACGCAACAUCUUCGCGUCAGGCAGACUCCCAACCACGCCUCUCCACGGAACUUCCAUGGAGCCUUGACUCCCACCUUGGCUCGGGACUUGUCGAUAUUCUGGACCGUUUCCAGGCCGAGAACAGAUUGAUCCCGUUUACACAACUUGCACAUCCUGGUGUUACGACGGUCCGGUGCAUGCAAGACCCCGUCACUUUCCCCUGCACUAUGGAUGACUACACCCGUCAGCCAGUUGUCCAGGCCACCAAUGAGCGAUCUCCGGAGUAUCAUCACUCCUUUGGUAUUCAUAUCUCCGAGAGGAAUGAACCUACCCCGAGAGACGUACCACCUGAAAUAAGCCGCCGAGAGAUUUUGCGACGCUCGUUCGCAGAACAGCGUCACAUUGAGCCCCGGCAAUUUUUUUCGUCUCUCGGCCCAUGGGGCGCGGCCGAUGCUCAGUGCGACGAUUCAGAUAUCCCUACCAACUACACCUGCGGCAGUGCCACUUCUGCAAGUGCUACUUCACCAACUUCCAUGUCCUCUGCCCCGUGGUCGCCUCUUGAUUCCCCCAUUGAUGAGGAAGUCCUCUUCAGAAACCUGCUGAGAGACGAGUACUACAUCGGUGACGGCAAGACCAGCAGCUACUACCCUGACGGUGGUGACGAGCCAGUCAAGGGACGCUUCUUUGGCGACGGACGCAUUCACAGCGGCCCUGGUCUUGAUCGUACGCCCUCUAGCAGACUCCGCCAGGUGACCCAAAUGAGCUCUUCAAACACCCUGUCACGUCCUUUCCCGCCCGAUCCCCAGGAAUACGCGGAGCUGGAGAAUGAGUCGACCGGUGAUUCUAUUCCGAGCUCUUGA